UAUUCUCAGUUAACUUACAUGGUAAAAAAAAAAAAAAAGCCCUAGUAUAUUUAAAUGUACUUUUCUUUUUGUAUCCCAUUUGUCUCUAGGAAGGGGAUAUGAGACUGUGAUGAAGUCUAUGGUUUAGUCAUUGCAGCAUGACUUCCUAGAACACUAGACAUUGACAGCCACACACAAACUGAUUGCCAUACCCAAUCCUAACCACAAUAUUUCAAAGUUUACUGCUUUAGUUGCAUUUCUUUAACUGGCCAAUGAGUCAUCUUUUGGAGCAAUAAAACUGUGUAUCAGAUUUGGAAACUACUCAGCAGUGGCUCGUGAUGUGGAGUUCUGCUCCGUUAUAUAGUCUAGCCAUCUAAUCAUGGACCUCAUCUAAUCGGGGAUACCAGGUAUAAAUAUCCAUGGGAAUGAACAUGAACAUUGACCCAUCUAGACAAGAAAGAACAUAACCAUGACCUGACAUAACCUUCUAGGAGCAUUCCCGUUUGCUUUUUGUUGUUGUCUGGUUGUUAAGUUUUGUCUUUGAUGGAGUACCACAUAGGAAUAUGUAGAAUUUUUUUUAUUGUAUGGAACAUGGAAUUGGACAUGUUAUUGCUUUAAUGUCUGCUUGUCUCUUGAAGGGUAAUAUUUAACUACUACCUUGACACUCCUCAUAUCUCUGGGAGACCGGUGCUUUUGAUGUCUGCACUAAUGCAAUAUUUCACUACAAUGUAGAGUUAGGUGAAUUGCUUUAGCCUCCUUGCAAGACCAAGGUGUGUUCAUAUUUGUCUGAAUCAUUGUUUUAUUUACAUUUUAUUUGUUAUUUAAACUGUCUUGAUACCCUUAAUGGGUAGCUGUCCUCUCUAAGCUGCACUUUAUUGGUAAAUAUCGACACUAAGAUAUUUCAAACUGUAAUUCAAACUGUAAUCUUUUUAUGUACUUCGUGUACAAACAUUCUGUUUGAAUUUUAAACUGGAAAAGUCCAGUGUUUGUGUUGUUCAGUUAGACUUACAAACCUCAACCUUUCAUACUGUAGCUAUUGACAUCUAGAUGAUGAUACAACUCGAAGACAAGAGUCUGUUGCAGUCAGAUAUAAGCUCUAUCCUUGUCCUCAAGCGUUUGCUUUGUACAGGCUGUUUUUAGUUUAAUAUCUUUGUUGUAUUGACGUACUAAGGAGUUGAAUCUCCGUCAGAUUUUUUUCUCAGAUCAUAAAAUAUUCCUCUUAGUCUUGAAGAUGGAUUUUACAUGUCGAACUCUUUGUUGUGUUUCCUCUUUAUAUCAAGCACUGACAUGGAAGAAGGAUUUUAAGGAGGUUUCAGAAGUAAAUACAUUAUUUUUGUGUUUCUGAUUUUAAGACAAACCAGCAGGUGAUAGUUUAUUUUUUUAGGCUUCCUAACAGACCCUGAGGACUCCUGCUUGGAACUGACUACAGUUAAGGUGGUCAGACUAACUUACCUGUAUACCACUACCAGACUCUGGACUUGCUCCCACAAACAUCCAACUGCAUGAAACAAUCACCGUCCAGUUGUUGGGAGACAGACCUCACCUUCCUAAAACCUAAAAGUUUCCUAUCAUCUGCCUGUCAACACCACUUCCACGCAAAAGAUGCGAUCCCCAGACACCCCCACACCGUCCCCAGCUGAAGCGCUGCUCCAUGGCCAGUUUGGGGGCUGGGACACGGGUGGCAGCGGCAGCAACAACAACAGCUGCCCCAACAGCCCUGGAGGUCCUGGGGGUCUGUCAUCCCCUUCUCCCAGCCCCUCUGCCUCUUCCAGCUACGCCCUGACCCUCACCCCCACCCACAUCCACGUCCAGCGCCUGGCCCCGCGGCCUGGGAAGGAGGCUCGUCUUAUACUACCCCUGUCAGAGCUGGCCGGGUGCAGCUGUCCCAGGGCCCCCGCGCCCCCGCUGCUAGUUCUGUACUGGUACCCCCCUGGGAGGCGGAGGAAGGGGGUGUCUCGCAGGAGGCAGGUGAGGGCGUACCUGGCUGAGACUAGGGUGGAUGCGGAGAGGUGGUCCACUGCUAUACAGUGUCUGCUCAGGGGGCUCCCCAUCAACGCUGACACAGAAAUCAGCAGAAGUCUACUCCCCCGUCCACGACGGCUGUUGCUAUUGGUGAAUCCAUUCAGUGGGAGGGGCCAAGCAAUGCAGUGGUGUCAGACAUAUAUCCUGCCAAUGAUCAGAGAGGCUAACAUCAGCUACAACCUAAUACAGACAGAGCGACAGAACCAUGCCAGAGAGUUGAUCAAAGAGAUCCCCCUGUUCGAGUGGGAUGGCAUCAUCAUCGUCUCUGGAGACGGCCUGCUGCAUGAGGUGAUCAACGGCCUGAUGGAGCGUCCAGACUGGGAAUCGGCAAUAAAGGUUCCUGUAGGCAUCUUGCCCUGUGGGUCUGGAAAUGCCCUGGCUGGCUCAAUCAACCACAAUGCGGGGUAUGACAUGUGCCUUCGGGAGCCUCUCCUCCUCAACUGCUGCUUUCAGCUCUGCCGGGGCGGAGUCAAACCCAUGGACUUGGUCUCUGUGACUACCAGCCCCGCCCCUUCUCAAAACGGCCGUCCAGGUCUUCCCAGAAGGCUGUUCUCCUUCCUGUCUGUGGCAUGGGGUUUUGUGUCUGAUGUGGACAUCGAGAGUGAGAGAUACAGGGGCCUGGGAUCGGCACGGUUUACCCUGGGCACUCUGGUCCGCCUGGCCUCCCUGCGCUCCUAUAAGGGCCGUCUGUCCUACCUGCCCCCCUCCUUGGUCACCACCUCCCCCGAUGCCAGCCCUCCUCCUCAGCGAAGACCCCUGUCCCGCAGCAUCACUGAGGGCCUGGAGGGCUUCUGCCGCACCCCCAUCCACCGCACCUGCUCCGAUAUGGGCCUCAGCGAACAGAGGAGUUUGAGACGGGUGGACACGGAGCGGGAGAGGGAGAGGGAGAUGGAGAGGCAGAGAGAGCGGGAGAGGAGGAGGGAGCGAGCAAGGGGAGGGGGAACGGGUGUGGUCAGGGCGAGUAGCUUGGCAGAGGAUAGGGAAAGGGAGAUGGAGAAGGAGCUGGAGAUGGAGAGAGAGGUGGGGAUGGAGGGAGAGGAGGGUGAGGAGGCGAGGUCUGGGACAAGUUUGGAAUCGAAUGAAAGGGAAGAUUCCGGAGUGGGAAGUGAGGACGGGAUGAUGGGGAACAAGGAAGAAAGGGACAGCGAAGAAAUGGAUGGAAAGACCGAGCAGGACUUGGGGGAGAUGGAGGAAGAGGAGAGAGUUAGGAAUGGGGAAGGCAGCUGCUCCAUGGACGGAGUGAUGGAAGCGAGGGAGGUAGCGGAGGGGUAUGGGGUGGACAUGGGGCGAGAGGCCAGUGAGGACUCAUACCCCCACCCGCAGGGCCGAAAGUCCCUAAGGAAGAACUCUGCCCCUUCCAGCCAGAUAGCUAAUGCCUUCUUCAGCCAGCCCAUCAGCCAGGAGGCUGACCCUGUGUCUGGAGCCUCAUACGGGACUGAGGAGAUUGAUCUGAAUGGGACGUACUUCCAGAAGGAGACCUACCCGCUAGAAAUUGCCAGAGAGCGAGCCCUGACCAUCUCAUCUCCCUUCAGACACUCCCCCUUCUCAUUUAAGCCUAAAACCCACAAUCAGAACCAGAACACAUCUCGUCCCCGACCUCUUUCUCUCCUCCACCACCCUCACUCCAACUCCCUACCCCCCAAACUCCCCUCCCUAUCCCUCUCCCUCUCUCCCACACCCCCUUCCUCCCCCUCUUGUGCCUCCCCCCAUUCCUCCUCCUAUCUGGCUCCGCGCCCCAACACCCCAAGCUCCACCUCCCCCUCCCCAUCUCUUCAUUCCCCCUCGCCCUCCUUUACCUUUGACAUCGCCGAGCCUGCCGGGCCCCUCAAGAACCGUCCAUCCGUGUCCAACCCCUUAAACUCCCCCAGGGAUAACCUCCUGCCCCCCUUGGACCAACCGCUGCCUACCCGGGACUGGGUAACCAUCGAGGGGGACUUUGUCCUGGUCCUGGCCCUAUAUCAGUCCCAUCUCGGAGCAGAUCUCCACGCCGCCCCCCAGGCCAGGUUUGACGACGGGCUAAUCCACUUGACAUUUGUACGGGCAGGGAUCUCCAGAGCCACCCUGCUCCGCCUGUUCUUAGCCAUGGAGAGGGGUGCCCACCUGUCUCUCAGCUCCCCGUAUGUGAGCCACGUCCCAGCCAGGGCCUUCAGGUUGCAGCCCCUCUCCCCACGGGGAACUCUGACUGUGGAUGGUGAACUGGUGCCCUAUGGCCCGCUGCAGGCACAGGUCCAUCCCUCAAUGUCCCGACUCAUCGUCGGUGACUCUGGUGUAAGGCUCACCAGAUUCUGACCAGGGAUUGCCGGAGCCAAUCAGCUGAUAUGAAACUCUCUCCAACUGCAUGAUCUCUUUUGCCAAAACUCAGAAAGUGGAGAAAAAAGCCUCUGAUUGAAAAAAAAAAACUUGAAUCGCGUAACUGCUUUUCUGGGGUUUAGUGAAAGGAAUUACCCGCCUAGUCGCGGGUCGGGGAUUAAUAGAGCUUAUUUUAAACAGAUGAAAACGUGUCGGAUUACACUCAGUUUAUCCCGAGACGCAUGAAAACUUGCACAACCAUGGGGAAAAUAGGGAGAAAAAACAACAAGUUGAAUGUGUAUGGAGGGGUGUGUAUUCAGGGCAUGUUUAUGGUGCAUACAUUCUAGUAUGCACACAGGGCAUGCAGAGGUGCACACUGCUGGACCUUGCCUUACAGAGAGAGUUCUGAUUCCUUUGUUCUCCGUCAGAUUUGUCCUGGAAUGACUAUAGUUCUGGAGCCACUUCAGAGGGAGCAACACUCACGCAAAUGUGCAACCCCUUCAAUAUUGGAACCUCUAUCCUUUCCUGUAAUGCCUUAUCCGCUUCUGGACUUAAAGUGCAACUCCUCAGACUUUGCCCUUAUAUUAGAAGCCAAAACCUACAACUCAGCAAUUCUCCAUCCAUGUGUUUCAGAGGGACGUCCACUACAGGAAAAACAAAGCCUCGAUUAUACCUGUAAAGUUAGGUCAACAUUAUAGAAACCUCACUGAAUCCUUAUUCACAGGUAUUACACUAUUGUAGGCUAGAUGGGACUGUUGAACCGUGACCACCAUGGUGUAUAGCGCAUUUGCCUGUUUUUCUUAACAAGAAAGUGCAUGAUGAUGAUUGUGAAGGUUGUGAUGUUGCAAUACAGUGAACACAAGACCGUUGCUUUGUAUGUUGUCACAGAAUCCUCUGAAAGACCCAGACUGCUGGAUGUUUGUAGCAGACAGUCACAUGCUCCUGUUUCUGUUGAAGUGUGUUUUUGAUUUGAUGAACUGUGUCUCAAUUUGAAAAUGAUCUGCAGUUGCAACAAAAAUCAGAACACUCGGACAACGCGAUUGGGUAAAAAAGAAAAACAAGAUAGAUUGGCCUUGCUGUUAUUGUUUACCACAUGUAAACAGAUGUUUCAAGAGGACAGUUUUUUUUAUAUAAUCUUAAACCUGCACCACAAAAAAUUUUGAAUACCUUUUUGAGGAUUUUGAUGAUCACUGACAAGGCUGUGCCUCCUAACUCAGAUCAUACCCUACAUUUCACAGAUUGCUUUAGUGUGAUGAAGCAUAUAAUGUAGUAUGUCUAUGUUCAAUGGGUGUUUUAGUUAACCUCGAAAGCAUAUCAUUCCUCUGUAUUCUGUGGCUGGAACAAAUAGAAAAUGUCAGGAAUUUAAUCUCAUAAGCAUAAAUCAGUUAGUGAAUCUCGGGGCUGUUUGAUUCCACAGUAACAUGGCCCCUUGAUAUAGAUUGGACAUGUCUGAGUAAUUCAGGGCCUUUGUCUCUUUUCUGCUGAUUUUAGGCCCUGUUGAAAUACUUUCAGAUGUGUCAUUUCCUUCCUUGGGAGUUAUCCUGAAUGUUACAGUGUUGGAUAGAUUUAAGCUGUGUGAUCGAAUUUGUACUAAAUUGGCAUUAUAUAAUUACUUACUAUAAGAACUACUUUAAGGAAAGAAUGAUACAUUGUGAAAGUAUUUAUUUCAAACAGGACCUUGGUCCCUAGACCAAAGCAGUCCACCCCUGGUCAUUAAUGUUAAAUUGACAGGAUAAACAACAAGCUUACCUCUUUCAACUGCCUAAAGAUGAGAUAAAACACAUUUCACCACAUGAGUGGAUUAUGGUUCUGGGCUGGUAGCACUACAUUGUGACAUUUGUUGGAAAUGUAUUACAAAACACUUAAUUCAUUUUAAGAGACUAGUUGUAACAAAUGACCAGGGAUUGGACUGCAGAUUUAUGGAAUUUGAUAUGACAAUUUUGGGCUGUGACUUGAUAAUGCCAGUAAGAUGUUUGUCUAGAUAAAUUUGCUUGUAAUAAACUUGUAAUUAAUACUAAAAUGAAAGUAUAUAAUAUACAUAAUGUACAGUUCAUAGUUAUGUUUUUUGUAUGUUUCCUUUCCUCCUUAAAACAAUAAAUUUAAACUUGUAAAGUU